AUGCACGACGCACACAAGGUUGUGAAUGGAUCCAAGCACUCGCCUUUAUACCCGAUGAUUGUGCAACUGACAGUGCUCGCUAAUUCCCUAGCACUUUUCGGCGAAGAGUUGGAAUUCAUGAAAUCUGCCCUGAGCUUCAUCGAGGAUACAUUGAUGACCGCAGAAACUGCGCGACUUUUACCGAGGUGGUUAGCUCAACCUAUAGAACAACUUCUAGCCGGCAUGCUAUCGUCUCAUCGAACAAUUUUUGAUACUUUACUACCAGUCGCGGAGCGUCGAUUGCUCGAAAAACAAUUGGAAAAAAUGGGGCAAACCAUCCUCAAGCAUCACGACUGUAUCCAAUGGAUCAUGGAGACGGCACCAAAGAAGAAUCCAUGGACAGGACAACGAAUUGUUCAUGAGUUAAUGGCGAUUUGGUUUGGAUCUGUCCAUGCACUUUCCACAACCAUAAGUUUUGCCAUCCACGACUUAUGCCUGCACCCAGAAUAUGUGGAUCCAUUACGAGAAGAAAUUGAAGGGCCCGGAUAUGCUCUGGUUGAACAAACGGCCCAGGGCUUGCCUCUUCUUGAUAGCUUUAUCAAAGAAUCAGAUCGUCUAACACCCGUCGAAUCCAGUGGGCCCAAGCUCAUCUUGCUAGAAACAGAUAAAGGGUAA